CCUAAUUCUAACCUCCUCCCUGUGCCUUGCCUCAAUCCACUCGCAGCAAUUGAAACAUUGAAGUCUCCUUCUCUUCGCACAACUCCACACUCUUUUAUUAUUAUUAUUAUUUCACUUGGGAUUUUGCGAUUUGCAAAAAACCUUCUUUUUUUCCUUUUCCUGUACUUGCGCUGCCGCUCCUGGCUCUCCAGGGCCGCAUUUUUGCGUUCUGUGUUAUAGUUGUUCUCAUCAAAGUUUAUAGAAAAACCCGGUGGUUGCCCAAUUUGGCCUGUACGAAAGCUUUUGGUGUUGUAACAACAGUAACAUGGAUGAUUACCGUUUUCGCGCUCAGCAAUCUCCAAGAAACGAAGCGCCGAUGAAUUCUCUUGUCUCACCGCAGAGAAAUGGCAGGCCUAUGCCUCCGCCAGUCUCGCAAGAUCCUCGAACAACUUUGCCUCGACGAUUCACCACCGACUCGGGGCGUGUACCAACAUUGUCCACUAUAUCCACGCAGCGAUUGCCGGAACCCCAAGAAUAUACUGCCACCCAGUAUAAAGUACAAUUGUUAGAGAAGAAGAAAGUCGAGUAUGAAAAGCUUCGAGAGCAAAAACGGCGAUUCGAAGCCGAAAUGCAUAAGCUAGACCAGCAGCAACGGCGGGAUGAGUUUGAUAUUGCUCAGAUGCAGGAAGAUUUAGGUCGGGGGAAUGGGAUAGGCAUGACGGGUCAUCAGUCCGAGCCGACGACGCCUCCCGAGUAUCGAGAGACAAGCUCGGGAUUCCCUACUAUGUUCUCUCGUCCUAAUCGAUAUUCGACCCCGAGCCUCGGUUUGGUGUCUCCGCCAGGACUUUUCAACCGACCGGGUAGAUCUGGUUCGCAAUUAGCAUCUCCUCAGUCCGGCCUUCUUCAAUCGCGUUUCUUUGAUGAUCCUUUACCGUCCCGUUCCGUCCCGGGUUCACGAAGAAAUAGCGACGAGGACGAGAAGGAAGAGGCACUUCGUCAGGAUCCCACGAGUCAUCGAUCAACUAAUGCUCUCAAUCGAUAUUCUAUGCCUGUUACUCGUCGUGGUAAUCUUUACGACAACCUGGAUCAGACCAACACAGCUGGUUUCUUGUUCAGGGACGACGAAUCAUCAAUGGAUUUGAACAGCUACGCCAGCAUUGACGCUGGCGAGGAUCCUUUUCCUCAACUCUAUGCCCAGAAGGGCAAUCCCAAUAUCCUCUCUGCCUCAUCUGCAGCAGUCGAUCUUGCAUCUCACCGUGCUAGUGGCGAAGCUACACCCAACAACGGCUGGGGAUCCAUCUCUCGUCACCGACAGCAGCAAAGCUUGUCUACUCUAGGAUCUUCUCAGAUCAACACUCCUGACACCAUGAGCCAGGCUGGAUCUACCGAGGCCAGUUCGGUCGCUACUCGACCUUUCCGUCACUCUCUGGACAUGAAUCAGUACCGCGAGGCUAACGCCGAGGUUGCCACUACUGCAACUAUCCCGUCCUCGUCUGCCCAAGUCUUGUCAACUCCUCCUAAGUUGCAGACUUCAUUCUCUACUAGCGAUGCCUCUACUGGAAAGAACGUCGCUAGUGCUACCAUGACUCCUUCUAGCAAUGCCAAUGCCCAUGCCCAGCAGCAUUUCCACAACCACAACGCGAGUAUUGGUCGAUACCCUCCCGGAGCAGUCAAGCGUCACAGCCGUGAGCUAUCAAGCGACAACCUGACCGCUGUUACUCAGGCCGGUGCCCCAUUCCCUUCGAUCCAGUCGCAACUCCAGGGCGGUGCUCCAGCAUUUGGUCCUAUCGCCUCUAGCCAGGCUGGCAUUCAAUCACCUGUGUCUGCUGGCGCAUCCUCUUCGUCGCCAUCUAACAUUAGUCCUUAUACUCCAUUCUACAAUGGAUAUGGUCCACAGAAUGGCGGUAAUGGUUACGGUAUGAACAUCUUGGCAUUGGGUAUGCAAGGUAUGAACCUUGGAAACUACCCUCAGAACUAUCCCGGUUAUGGACCGGUCUACCAGAAUCCUGGCCAGCAGAGAGACUCGCAGCAACGUGUGAUCCAGCAACGACGCGCCCAGGAGAACGAAGCUAUGAAUAGAUUCGCAGGUAUGAGCAUUGAGUCGGUAGUUGGUACUAUCUACAGUCUCUGCAAGGAUCAGCAUGGCUGCCGAUUCCUUCAGAAGCAACUGGAGAAUAGAAUUCCUGAGCAGGUUCACAUGAUUUGGUUGGAGACUAAUCAGCAUGUUGUCGAACUUAUGACAGAUCCUUUUGGUAAUUACUUGUGCCAAAAGCUUCUUGAAUACUGCAACGACGACGAGCGUACGGUGUUGAUUCAGAACGCAACUCAAGAUAUGGUCAGAAUUGCACUCAAUCAGCACGGAACGAGAGCCUUGCAGAAGAUGAUCGAGUUUGUCAACACUCGUACCCAUAUCAACCUAAUCAUCGAAGCGUUGCGAUAUCGAGUCGUCGAGCUUAUCCAGGAUUUGAACGGCAAUCACGUCAUUCAGAAGUGUCUGAACAAAUUCAGCGCUGAGGAUGCCGAGUUCAUCUUCAAUGCCGUUGGCAAUCACUGCAUCGAAGUCGGUACUCAUCGCCAUGGCUGCUGUGUUCUCCAGCGAUGCAUCGACCACGCAUCAGGAGAUCAGAAGUUGUGGCUGAUCAACAAGAUUACCGAGAAUGCCACACGACUAGUGCAGGACCCCUUUGGCAACUACGUCGUCCAGUACAUCAUCGACUUGAACGAGAGUAUAUUCACUGAGCCUUUGAUCCAGCAAUUCCGAGGCAAGAUCACUCAGCUAUCACGCCACAAAUUCAGCUCGAAUGUCAUGGAAAAAUGCCUCCGCUGCGGUAAUGAUGAUUCUCGGGACAUGAUGGUCAGCGAGCUUCUCACCCCAGGAGAGAUGGAACGUCUUCUCCGCGACAACUUUGGCAAUUAUGUUGUUCAGACCGCUCUCGACCAUUGUACGCAACACAUGAAGAUUCCGCUUGUCGAGGCAAUCCGACCCAUCAUCCCCACUGUGAGAACCACGCCCUACGGUCGACGUCUCCAAGCCAAGAUCCAACAGCACGAUACCCGCAGCGGUAACACCGGCGGACAGACCACCCCUACCGAUCCGACUGGAGGUCAAAUCACACUUCGCCCUUCCCAAUCACGCCCGCUCAUGAACCAGGCCAUUGACGCGCCGGCUGGUACUUACAUGAACGGCUCCAUUCCUAACGGCAUCGGCGGUCCUCGUGCUAGAAUGGGUUACCCAUCGCACAAUACCAUAACGGUACCUGGUGUCGCGACCAGCGCUCCUCCGCAGCCUCCUAGAUUGACGACAUUCUCCACGUUCCCUGGCGCUGGCGGUAACCCCGAAUUUUUUUAGAUACGCCCCUUGCCUAUAGCGGUCACGAUACUUGUAACGGUAUGAUAUAUGAAUUCGGACGAUAGUUAUUUCGGGUAGCUCUCUACCUGGUCGUCGAUUAUACGAUCUGUGGCCCUACGCAAGAACGAAUGAGACGUUUACUACGAGCUUGACGACAUCGCGUUUCCUUUUCCUUAUAACAUCAUGACAUCACCAUUUUCCUUCUACGCUGGACAUUAGUGCGCAAAAAUUAUUUGCGUUAUCGAGAGUCAACACUGGCGCCCAUGGUUCUCUGGGUAACUCUGUACAUUAAGCACUCGAUGAUUCCCGACUCUCGAUACUCGUCAUAAUCAAGGCCAGCACGCUACAGUCACAUCGACCCUAAUCGUAGCCUGCGCCUUUGUACACCGAACACACCUACCUCAGCAUAG